AUGUUCCCGGCGGCGGCGGCCGGGGCAGCGCGGGCCAGAGGCGCGGCGCGCGGAGCCCUCGGCUGCCCGGCGGAGCGCGGCGGCGGGCGGGCGGCCGGAGGCCGGCUCUGCGCUGCCCCCGGGGCUCUGAACGCGAGUCCUGGGCUUUGUCUCCCGCGUUUCCUUGGUGCUGACGGUCAGGGGGCUCCGUGUCGGCGAAGGACGCGGGCGGGACGCCGCGGGGCCCGGGCCGGGACGCGACGAUCGGAAGGGAAGGGGCGGACAAAAAAAGACCAAAUGGCAAAGCAACCUUCAGAUGUAAGUUCUGAGUGUGACAGAGAAGGUGGACAAUUGCAGCCUGCUGAGAGGCCUCCUCAGCUCAGGCCUGGGGCCCCUACCUCUCUACAGACAGAGCAGCAAGACAGGAGCCCGGCACCCAUGAGUUGUGACAAAUCAACACAAACCCCAAGUCCUCCUUGCCAGGCCUUCAACCAUUACCUCAGUGCAAUGGCUUCCAUGAGGCGGUCUCAGGCCGUACCUGCAGAUACACGCCCGGAGAUAUGGAUUGCACAAGAGUUGCGGCGUAUUGGAGACGAAUUUAAUGCAUAUUACCCAAGGAGGUUAGAGCAAUAGAGGAAGGUGUCGUAUAGUUGUCAUGUGUUCAGUCCACUUAAGGGCAGUGGGGAAGCGUAUGAAACGGA